GGCGUGUUGUUGCCAAACGCAAAGAAAAACAUUCGACAUUACAGAAAACAAAACUUAUAAAAAAUAAAAAUAAAUUGAGAGAGAGAGAGAAGGGUGAUGAAGGAAGAACAAUGGGCACCAGUGAUAGUAAUGUUAAUAUCAAGUGUUGCAAUGGGAUCAGUGAAUGCUCUCGUUAAGAAAGUACUUGACGUUGGUGUUAACCAUAUGAUCUUUGGUGCUUAUAGAAUGGCUAUUUCUGCUCUAAUCUUGGUUCCGUUUUCUUGUAUCUGGGAGAGGAAAACAAGACCAAAGCUAACGUUCAUGCUUUUGGGCGAACACUUCAUCAGCGGAUUACUUGGGGCAAGUUUGAUGCAAUUUUUCUUUUUGCUUGGACUAUCGUACACGUCAGCAACUGUUUCGAUGGCUCUAGUUAGCAUGUUACCUGCUAUCACCUUUGCGUUAGCCCUUGUUUUCAGGAUAGAGAAUACCCAAAACCUGAAGAGCAAAGCAGGUGUGCUCAAAGUAAUGGGAACCCUAAUUUGCAUAAUGGGAGCAAUGUUCUUGACAUUUUACAAAGGCCCGGAGAUAUCAAACCAUCAUUCUCAUCCAGGAAUUCUUCAAAAGAACAAGAACACGUUACAUAACGAUGGUCACGACCAAACAAAGAACUGGCUUCUAGGCUGUCUUUAUCUGAUCAUUGGAACAGUGUUGUUAUCUCUAUGGAUGUUGUAUCAAGGAAAAUUAUGCUUAAAAUAUCCUGGCAAUAAAUACUCAAGCACUUGUCUCAUGUCAGUCUUCGCAGCAUUUCAAUGUGCCAUUUUGAGUCUUUAUAAGAGUAGAGAAGUCGAAGAUUGGAUCGUCGAAGAUAAAUUUGUCAUUUUCAUCAUCCUUUACGCUGGAAUAGUGGGACAAGCGAUGUCGACAGUUGUAACGUCAUGGUCAAUAAAAAUGACAGGAGCAGUUUUCGUGUCAACAUUCGCCCCCGUCAGUCUGGUUGCCGCUACGUUAUUCGAUUUCCUCAUCUUACGCUCUCCUUUAUACCUCGGCAGCAUACUUGGAUCCGUAGUGACUAUAACGGGUCUCUACGUGUUUCUUUGGGGAAAGAAGAGUGAGAUAGAUCAGUCUGUUUCGAAGACAUUGACCACUUCCAGUGAGAACAUUGAAAGCGAAGACCAUGUGAUAACAAAUGAUAAGGAUACUAAAUUGCCCGUUUGAUGUGUGAGGGGAAGUUGCUAUCACAUAAUCGUGAUAAGUGUCAUUGAUCAGCUCUGAAUUAUAAGACUUUAUUCACUCAAGGGUGUGACUCCAAGAAAUUAAAGAUAAACUCAUUGUAACGGCUCGUUGGAUUGAUACGUUUGUUCGGAUAAGAAAGAGGUUUAGCUCGAAAUAGUUUUUGUCAUUAUGUUGCUUUUCUAAAGUGCCCAUAUAUACUAGCUAGCUACAGUUUUAAGUUAAAUUUUAAUGUUUGGCACAUUUUACUUAAAUAUGUAACCAAAGAAAAAAAAAAGAGUAAAAGCAGUAGAGAUGCAACAAUAAUAGCUAAAGAAUAUCAUUGUCUA